CAAUCAAGGUGCUGCCGAGCGUGGUUAUAGCUGGUGAGGCCGAUUCAGCGGGACCUCCAUGUUUAGGACUUUUUUCUUCUUGAAAUGGGUAGACGGCGUGGUCUGACCUACAGGAAGAAAGGGACCCACAUACCCCAUAAGAAAAGGAGAAAAUCAAAGCAGGUAACUGAACAACCACCCAAUGAUGAAAGUACCGAGCAGCCACUCGAAACACGAGGGCCAUAUGAAAUCACUCCUCUAGAUUUGCUGGCAGAUGUAGCCACAACGGAGCAGUCCCAAGAGCAGCAGAAUGUAAAAAGCACACAAAAGGUCACAGAUCAAGAAGAGGCAUAUGACGUAUCUUCUCUAGAUUUGCUGGCAAAUGUAGUCACAACUGAACAGCCCCAGGAGCAGGAGGAUGUAGAAAGUACGCAGCAGCUACUUGAGACACAAGGCUCUGUGCUCUCACCCCCACAGACAACAGAUUUCCUGACACAAACCAGACAAAUUGGUGCAAAAUAUGGACUGUUGGAGAUAGGAGAUGAUGGUGGUGGUUCAUAUAACUUUGGCUCUACACCCUCAUUUGCUUUGAUUGGAGGACUAAGAAUGCCAGUUUUUACUCACAUUUUCACCUUGAGAAAUGACAAAACCUGGAAAGUGACAGUUCUUGGAAAAGAAAUUUCCCACUCUCAGCUUUUAUCUGAAAUCCCGCCUGUGCUAGAGGACGUUGAACAGUUGUUUAAAAUAGUCUUAUUUUACAAUAAGUGCCCUGGUAAUCCAGAUGAAAAAUAUAUCCCAAUCUGCCGACAACGCAGUCCAUCUGGAAAUGCCAAGUUUGAAAAUUCCAUGGGUGAUAUCAUUGCUUCUGAAGAACAGGGUUUUCCAAUUGUCAGUGGAAAUUUAACCUUUAAAAGGACAAUCCGCCACAAAAACUGUACAAUUUUAGUGAAGGGGACCAGGUGUAUCAGUUGUGUAAAUUUUCGAAAUAAUCUAAAACAAUUACUACACAGAAGCAAGAAGGUGGAAGAAAGUGACAAAACAUCUGCUUCAUCACAUGUUCCCCUCAAACUUUUGGAUUCGGAGGAACUUACAGUGAUGCCCACAUUGGUAGGACCUUCCAGCCGGAUUCUGCUGUGGGAUCAACAAAAAAAAAAACAAGCUGAGCUGAGCAACAAGAAGAGCAUGAGAUGGCAUCCAAUGAUGAUACGUUGGUGUCUGCAGCUGAAAUCAAUUUCUCGUGCAGCUUAUGACUUGAUCAAUAAGUCAGGAUUUUUUUCUCUGCCAACAUCCAGGACAUUAUGUGACUAUGAACAUUACACCUCUCUUUCCCCAGGCAAAGUGAAUGCUCAUUUUCUCAAGCAGCAAGUGGAAGCCAUUGAAUUCUCCAAACUCCCAGAAGCUAAGAAAAAUGUUGUUCUGCUUUUGAUGAAGUGAAAAUCAAGUCGGACCUUGUGUAUUCAAAGAAUAGUGGUGAGCUUGUUGGGCUCUGUAAUAUGGGCAGUUUCAAUGAGCAGUUGUGGACAUUCGGCAGCCUUGUAGAAAAGGGAGAGGAUGCAGAACCCCAGUUGGCGACUCAUGUACUGGUGACCAUGGAUCAGGGAAUUGUGGACAGCUACUCUUUUACAUUGGCUCAUUACCCCUGUGUAGGGUUCAAUGCCGAACAACUUUAUCCAACAAUUUGGGAAAAUGUCCGUGUCUUGGAAACUGCAGGUUUUAAAGUGAGAGCUACUGUUUGCAAUGCAGCAACACCAAACCGCAGAUUUUACCGCAUGCAUAACACAGUGAAUCACAGGCCAGAUGCUGUAGUUUAUUGGACAGAAAAUCUAUAUGGACAAGGUCUUAAACUGUACUUUAUUGCUGAUGCAGUAUUCUUACUGUGACCUUGAAAUUGACCUUUGACCUACUUUUCAUCAUGAAUUGAACUUUGCAACUUUUAUCUCCAAAA